UAUUUUGUGAUCAACUUAAUAUUAAUCGUAUUUUAGUAAUUAUUUUAUGUAAUAUGUGGUUCUUAUUGGAUAUCAGCUGAAGUUAUUGAAACAUAAUCGUAUGUUGAUAGUUUGAAAUGUUAAAAUGAUUCCACUAAAGGACAAUCAGGAUGUGGCAUCGUUCCUUGUCACAAAACACUCUUGGAAGGGGAAGUACAAGAGAGUGUUUUCUAUUGGAACUCAUGGAAUUACUACAUACAAUCCAGAUCGCCUGGAAGUCACCAACAAAUGGCUGUAUGCUGAUGUAGUUACCAUUGCAUCAGCAAAGCAUUCAAACUCUACUGCCAACCAUGACUUCACACUUGUCAUGAAAAAAGAAAAGAAAGUGGACUCAAUGCGAUUUUCUUCAGAGCACAAGUGUUUGAUACUCACUGAAGCUUUUAAAUAUAGGCAUUUGUUUGCUGAGAAACCAAAGGAUGUUUUUAGAUACCAAGCAUACAAACAUCACUGGAGUGGAACAAGACUACCAAUAGUACUUGAAGUUGGGCCUUGUGCUUUAGAACAGCUAGACCCAUCGACACACACUCAGCUAGCCUUCUACCCAUACUGUGAUAUACAGGGUAUCCUUCCCGUACGAGAUGUAGCUGGUGGUUUUAUGCUUGCUGUUGGAGGUUAUAGUCGCUUACAUUUGUUUUCAAAUGCAAUGGAUCACCAGAUUAUUAUAAAUAAGAUGCUUGAAUUAGCCAAUUUGACAUUGAGCAUUAGCAUCAAGGUUUUAUCAGCUACAAUUACAUUGGAUGAUUAUCAUGAUCAACGUUUUGGAAAAUAUAGUGGAGACCAACACCAAACAUCGUUGAGCGAGUUCAUCGUGCACAAAGUUAACCCAGCCCGUCAUAUGGAGCCCAUGCGUCGUACACUCUGUCUUUCCGAUACAUGUAUUCUAGAAAGAGAUCCACAAACAUACUCCGUUGUAUGUUUGCGUCCUUUGAGCGACGUUUUUGCUUUGAUAAGAGAUCCUGAACAGCCUCAGAAAUUCUCAAUCGAAUACAUGAAUGGACAGACCCGUACUUAUUUAGCCGGCGAAAGGGACGCGUUGUUGGCGUCGUUAUUAGAUGGUGUUCGUUCGGCGGGCCAGCGCGACGUGCACGUGCGUUCUACGUACACGCCGCGCGGGUACAGACUUGGUCCCUUACACCACAGCGUCGACGAGGAGACUGAAUCUAAUCAUCUAAGAUUGUUUCAAAAUCCAGUUGGUAUGACUCGCGCGGAAGUAAUAGAACGUUUCAACGCCAACAUCGGAUACAGCGGUCUAAUAUACUCCGUUAGCCAAGACGCGGUUCGUCCCCUGUUGUGGCUGUUUCUAACAUGGGAUCUUCGUUUGUUCGCGGAGAACAAAGAGAAGUUGAUAACGGGCGCCCUGACCGCGCUGGUGAACAGUGUGAGCUCCAGCGCCACGCUGCCCCCGCGCGAGCUGGAGGCGCAGUUCCACGCCCUGCGGAGGCUCUGCGCCAGUAAAGUGGGCUUCGCUGCUUUCACAGCCUUGACCGGGUUCCGCGAGUGGGUGGGCGCGUCCGUGGUGGCGGCGCUGCGGCGCGGCAGUGCGGCGUGCUCGCACGCGGCGCUGGACGCGGUGUGCGCGCUCAUGCAGCCCAUGCACCACGAGCCCGACCUGCGCCAGGAGCAGCUCAACAAGGCCAGCAUGCUCUCGUCCGCGCAGUUCCUCGACGGCCUGCUCGCCAUGUGGGCGGAACACGUUAGUGCAGGCACCGGGGCUUUGGUAGUGGCAGCCAUGUUGGAUUUCUUAACGUUCGCCUUAUGCGUGCCGUAUAGUGAAACUACGGAUGGAAAACAGUUUGACCAGCUAUUGGAAAUGGUUUCUAAUAAAGGACGCGUCAUAUUUAAAUUGUUUGAACACCCGUCAAUGGCAAUAGUAAAAGGAGCGGGCCUCGUGAUGAGAGCGUUGAUCGAAGAGGGCGCCGGCGCUGUGGGCACUCGCAUGCAAGCCCUCGCUCUGGCUGAGGCAGCCCUGCCGAGGCACCUCCUUACGGCGCUGUACGCUCCAGCGAGACUGCAUCACAGGCAUCUGGCGCGACAUCUGGUGGCGCUGUGGCUGGUCGACCACGCACCAGCGCAUAACCUCCUCAGCAGGAUAAUGCCGUCUGGCCUGCUUGGGUUCCUGGAGUCGGCGGAGAGUCCCCCGGCGGGCGCGCUGGAGGAGCAGCGGGACGAGGGGCGCGACAACCUGCAGCUGGCGCAGGCCGCGCACCGCCCGCGCGCCGCGCACUGGCAGGCGCUCGACCGACAGGUCAAGUACGUCGAGAAACAUCUGGAGCACUACGCCAGCCUGGCGCUGCAGCACUGGGCGCAGCGCACGGGGCGCGCGGGGGGCGCGGCGCGGGAGGCGGUGCGGGAGCGGCCCGUGCUGCUGCGGCGGCGCCGGGAGCGGGUCAAGUCCGCCGCCAACUGGCCGCUGUUCUACUACCAGUUCCACAGGGACCACGCCCUGCCUAAUCUCAUCUGGAACCAUACGACCCGGGAGGAGCUCCGUAACGCUCUGGAGAACGAGCUGCGCGCGUUCACUUCGGACCGCGAAGUGGCCGGCAACACUCUCACUUCGUGGAACCACGCCGAGCUGGAGCUGCAGUACCAGUGUCUCCAGAACGAGGUCAAGAUCGGCGACUAUUAUCUAAGGAUACUGCUGGAGCAGAAAGACAACGACGACAGCCCGAUACGGAAGUCGUAUGAGUUCUUUAACGACCUGUACCAUCGGUUCCUGUCCACCCCCAAAGUGGAGAUGAAGUGCAUGUGCCUGCAGGCGAUGAGCAUCGUGUACGGGCGGUACUUCGAGGACAUCGGACCGUUUGCCGACACCAGAUACAUCGUGCAGAUGUUGGACAGGACCUGUGAUAGAAUGGAGAGAGAUAGACUUGUUCAGUUUUUGUCGAAACUAAUACUACACAAACGAAACGUUAGUGAAAUAUUAGAAUGGAACGGAAUUAGGAUUUUAGUGGAGCUGAUGACGUUGGCGCACCUGCACACGUCGCGGGCGCUCAUCCCGGCGCAGAGCAACGUCAUUGAGGGCCCCGCCGAGCCCGGGGGCAACGACCGCGAGUGGUACUACAACCUCGAGCAGGGAGACAAGGUUCAGAGGAAGGGUCCCAUCAGUCUUCAACAGCUAAAGGACCUGUACAAGUCUGGCGAGAUCACGAACAAGACGAAAUGUUGGGCCAACAGCAUGGAAGGUUGGCGUGCAGUUGGCGGUAUUCCCCAACUCAAGUGGACGCUGGUGGCGCGGGGAGCCCCAGUUUUCGAUGAAAGCGCUCUGGCCGCUACGAUUUUGGAUCUAUUGAUUACUUGUUCACGAUAUUAUCCGAGCAGAGACGAAGAAGACGCGGUAAUAAGGCCGCUCCCCCGAAUAAAGCGGCUGCUCUCGGAGCCGGCCAGUCUGGCGCACGUCGUCCAGUUGCUGCUGACCUUCGACCCCAUACUCGUCGAAAAGGUCGCAACUCUUCUGUAUGAGGUGAUGCAAGACAAUCCGGAGAUAUCGAAAUUGUACUUAACUGGAGUGUUUUAUUUUAUGCUCUUGUACACGGGAUCCAACCUGUUGCCUAUAGCAAGGUUCCUGCGGCUCACGCACAUGAGGCAGGCCUUCAGAGCUGAUCAGAGCACGUCCGACAUCAUGCAGCGUUCGAUAUUAGGUCAGCUGCUGCCGGAAGCAAUGGUCUGCUAUCUGGAGAAUCACGGAGCAGAGAAGUUCGCUCAGAUAUUCCUGGGAGAAUGGGACACUCCAGAAGCCAUUUGGAACAAUGAAAUGAGACGGAUGUUGAUAAUGAAAGUAUCGGCGCACAUCGGCGAGUUCACGCCGCGGCUGCGUGCGCACGUGGCGGCGCGCUACCCCUACCUCGCGAUACCGGCGCUGCGCUACCCGCAGCUGGACGCCGAGCUGUUCUGCAACAUGUUCUACCUCAGGCAUCUGUGCGACAACACCAGGUUCCCAGAUUGGCCGAUACCUGAUCCGGUGGGGCUCUUGAAGGGUGUUCUCGAGGCAUGGCGGCGUGAAGUUGAGAAGAAGCCGGCCGCCAUGAGUGCGACGCAAGCGCUGGGCGUGCUGGGCCUGCCGCCCGACACCAGCGACGACGCCGUCGUGCGGAGGGCUUAUUAUCGACUGGCUCAGCAGCACCAUCCAGAUAAAAACCCUGAAGGAAGGGAUCGUUUCGAGGCUGUAAAUCAGGCGUACGAAUUUCUGUGCAGCAGAAACGUGUGGACGGGAGACGGACCGAACACAAACAACAUUGUACUUAUAUUGAGGACUCAAACUAUACUUUUCCAAAGAUAUUCAGAAGUGUUGGCGCCGUACAAGUACGCGGGCUACCCGCAGCUGCUCCGCACGGCUCGGCUGGAGGCGGGCGCCGAGCAGCUGUUCGGUGCCGGCGGCGCCCUGCUGCCCGCCGCCUGCGAGCUCGCGCACGCCACGCUCUGCUGCUCCGCGCUCAACGCCGAGGAGCUGCGACGCGAGCAAGGCCUAGAGGUUUUACAAGAGGCGCUGGCCCGGUGCGUGCCGCUGCUGGGCUCGGCGACGUCGGCGCAGGACCCGCUGGCGGCGGUGUGCGCACACUGCGCGCGCUGCUUCGCCGUGGCCGCCACGUUCCCGGCCUGCCGCGAGCGCUGCGCCCUCAUGACGCAGCUCUGCAUGGACAUCGUGCCGCUACUCAAACGACCGAACCUGGGGGACACAGCGUGCGCGGGCGCGGAGGCGGCGGGCGCGCUGGCGGCGGACGCGCGGUGCCGGGCGCAGUUCGCGCGCGCCGGCCUGCUGCACGCGCUGCUGCCCGCCGCGCUGCAGUACGACUACACGCUCGCCGAGUCCGGCCUCGACACCGACGUCAAGGCCAACAAACAGGAGAUAUCGAAUCAACUAGCGAAGAAGUGCGUGAUAGCCUUGGCGGCGAUGUACGGGCCGCACGAGGAGCCGGCGCCGGACGACGAGCGCAUCCGCGACGCGCUGCACGUGCUGCUGACCCCGCACCUCUGCGGGAGACUCGCCGAGCCCGACCAGCACGAGCUCCUCAAGACUCUAACGUCGAACUGGCACACUCCGUACCUGGUGUGGGACAACAGCACGCGAGCCGAAUUACAAGACGUGCUGCAGAACACCAGGGCCAACUACGAGGAGGAGGGGCCGCUGAUAGCGCCCUUCACGUACUCGGCACACGCGGGCCUUCUGUCGGUCGGUGGAGUAUACAUUGACAUAUACAACGAACAGCCUGACUUUCCUAUUGAGAACCCACAACAGUUCAUAUUGGAUCUGCUGAAAUUCGUUCGGGAAGAAGUUAAAGGCGACAUGACCUUGGAGCGAGUAGAGCACAUAACACAUGCUUUGACAGCUCUCGCUAAUGUCAUUAUUAAAAAUCCAGGCGUCGAAAUAAACUGCAUCGGUCAGUUCGGUUUGAUAUUCGGCAUGUUGUCGGGGCGCGGGCGGCCGCGACUACAGGACGCUGCGCUGCGGACGGUGCGCGCGGCGGCCGGCACGCGCGAGUGCGUGGACGACAUCGCCGCCAGCUGCGUGCUCGGGCACCUGCUCGCCGCGCUGCCCGAGCGCCCGCCGCGCCCGGACGCGCUGCCCGCGCUCGCCGCGCUGCUCGCCAACACCGCGCUCGUCAAGGAGGCGCUCAACAAAGGUGCCGUGAUAUACCUACUGGAUCUGUUCUGCAACAGUAAAGCGCCAGAGACGCGUGAAGCCGCCGUCGAACUCUUAGCGAGGAUGAUGGCUGACAAAUUACACGGACCUAAGGUCCGCUUGGCUAUAUCUCGGUACGUGCCGGGCGUGUUCGCGGAGGCGAUGCGCGAGUCGGGCCCCGCCAGCGCCGUGCACAUGUACGACGCCGCGCACGAGCACCCCGAGCUCGUGUGGAGCGAUGACGUGAGGCAGCGACUCGCCGAACACAUCACGCUACUCAAAGACAGACAUCAAGCGAGACAAGCCCGCGACCCGAACGCGACGUUCGAGGACCGCGAGGUGGCGGCGGGCGAGCAGGCCUGGGCGCCGCCCGGCGAGGUGCUGGUGGGCGGGGUGUACCUCAAGCUCUAUCUGCAGCACCCCUCCUGGAACCUGCGCAGCCCCAAGCGGUUCCUGCAGGACCUGCUCGCGGAGACCGUCGCCGCCUUACAGAAGGACUCCUCACAGGGCAGCAGAGGAGAGUUGUGCGCGCAGGCGCUGGUGGUGCUGCUGCGGUCCCGGCCCGCGCUCAGCGAGGCCUGCGCGCAGCUGGGCGAGCUGCCGCGCCUCACCAACAUGCUGCCCUCCUGCCCUCUGCACAUCGUCCCCGUGCUGGCCGCCGUCGCAGACACGCAGGCGUGUGUGAUGGCGCUGACCCAGACCGACAUAAUGAUCGGCAUGAAGACCGCCGUGAAGUCGUGUCCCGAGGUGGUGGGCUCCGCGUGCGAGACGCUCUCCUCCAUAUUCAGCAGCAACGUCAACACGGACCGCCUCGUGCUGCAGGCACUGGAAUGCUCUCUGGUGAGCUCGCUGCUGUCGCUGCUGGAGUCGCGCGUGGAGGGCGGGUGCGCGGCGCGGCUGGUGGCGGCGCUGCAGGGCAUGGCGCGCUCGCCGGCGCACGGACAGCGGGUGCGGGCCGCGCUCGCCGCCUGCGCCGUCUGGCCGCAGUACUCCGCGCAGAGGCACGACCUCUUCAUCGCGCCCCCCGACCGACACUCCAUCGCCGCAGCUCCGCACUCGGCCGGCUACCUGACGGCGCCGCCGCUCAACAUCCCGGCGCAGCCGCCCCCCAUCGACUGACCGGCGACUCCGCCCGCGCUCACGUACGUCGCUCUCUACCGCGUACAGACGACAACAAAACUGCAACACUAGCGAUGUUGAUAACUUUACGGAAUUAUUUUUACUUCAUAGAUAGAUUCC